UAUUGUAACCACAGAUUUACUUUUGUAACAUUAGCAGUCGUCAUGUCUGUCUUUGUCCUGGGUAUAGACAUUGGUACCACUUCAGUUAAAGCGGUUCUAUUAGAAACUGGAUCCAGAGUUGUGUCGGACAGUCACGUUUUGGCAGCUUUGUGUGACAUUCCGGACAGCAGCGGGUUAAAGCUGCAGGAGCAGGAUCCCGGCCGGAUCAUCGACGCUCUAAACCGAUGUGUCAGUUUUCUGCCCAGAGACAAACUGAAGAACGUCUGCCGCAUUGGACUGUCCGGACAGAUGCACGGAGUUUUAUUCUGGAAAGGCAGAAGCGGUUGUGACUGGUCCGUUGGAGACUUCUUUACUGUCAGAGACGUCAGUCAGCUGAUCACAUGGCAGGACGGACGAUGCAGCAGCAGCUUCUUGUCCUCGCUGCCAAAACCAGAGUCUCAUCUCAGCAUAGCCACUGGGUUUGGUUGUGCUACGAUCUUCUGGUACACGAAACACAGGCCUGAGUUCCUGCAGGACUUCACAGCUGCAGGUACCAUUCAGGACUACGUGGUGUCCAUGCUGUGUGGUUUGGACGGAUGUAAGAUGACUGCUCAAAACGCAGCCAGCUGGGGCUUUUUCAACACUUCCACUAACCAGUGGAAUAUUGACAUUCUGAAAAGUGCUGGUUUCCCUUUGCACCUGCUUCCUCAUCCUGUGUGUUCUGGUGGCUUGGCAGGCCAGACCUGCUCAGAGUGGCAUGGUGUCCCUGCUGGUACACCAGUAGGGGCCGCUUUAGGAGACUUCCAGUGCUCUGUCUAUUCCUGCAUGAGUGUACGGACAGAUGCAGUUCUUAACAUCAGCACCUCAGCCCAGUUGACCUAUGCCAUGCCAACUGACUUCAAACCUGCAGAGUCCCCUCAGCCUGCCUCUUCAAUCUCCUACUUCCCUUACUUUGAUGGCUCGUACUUGGCUGUUGCAGCAUCACUCAAUGGAGGGAAUGUCCUGGCCACGCUUGUCAAGAUGCUCUCAGCUUGGAUGGAAGAACUCGGAGUGGAACUGAGCAAUUCCUGCUUGUAUGAGAAGCUGAUUCAUUGCGGCCUAAACCAGGAAAACACAGACCUGAUGUUGAGUCCCACCAUCCUGGGAGAGAGACACAACCCUCUCCACUUGGGUCAGGUGACCAAUAUCUCCACGUCCAAUCUGUCUCUGGGUCAUGUGACCAGGGCACUGUGCCGCGGAGUCCUCGAUAACAUCACCUCCAUGAUGCCUGCAGAGAGUCUGCAGCAGGCGGGGAUCAGUCGGAUCAUAGGCACCGGCAGUGCGCUGGCCCGCAACAAAGUGUUCAGACAAGAGAUGGAGCGGGCGUUUACUCAGCCUGUGACCUACAGACCAAAUGCUGACUCUGCCAUCGGAGUGGCCUUGGUCCUCUGUGACAGAUUAGAAUGACAGUUAUAAUCGAGAGUGAAAUCAGUUUUACGUGGUUUAAUUUGCACAUUUUUAAUUUCUGCUUGGACACGUCAUGAAAUGGUUUAGUGCAGAAAAAGAAGAAUGAAAAAUGUAUUUAACAGAGUAAUGUUCAAAAUACGAUUUUAUUUUUAAUGACUUGUUUUGUUGCACAAAACAGUAAGAUAAUUUAAAAUGUUUAAUAAAUGUCCAGUUUUAUCACAAUGACUCAAAAAUCAUCUUCCAGAAAUAUUCAACCAUUCAACAUUAAUAAUUUCUGCCUUAGGCUGAUCUGA